UUUCAAAAAGAGGGGGAAAUGAUCUUUCUGACUUGCCAGGCUUCAUCAGUUUUUCUUCUGCGUCCGGUGUUGGCAGGAAACUGCAUUUCGCUUCUUGCUUUCUGUCACUCACGAAUCGCGCGAUCGUUGCACUCGAAACUGUCAUCGUCGGUGUCGUUGCACGUUUUUACUGAAGGCUUCCCUGGUCGGGAGUUCGAAGUGAAUCUGCUGACACCGACGACGACGAGAGACUUGGGUUCGUCGAACCAGUCGUUCCACUCCAAGUCGACCCCAUCCGUGAUCCACCCUACGGACAUGGUGAAUGCGCCGCCGCCGCCGACACCAACAGCCACUUCAUCCUCGUCGGCGACAACCAUUUCCAUCGUCAAUGGAUCCUCGUCAUCCGUGACGAGCGAUGGGUCCGUCAGAGUCCGCGGGUUCGACAAUGUGUCGAAUUCGUCGUCGACGACUUCCCAGACGGGUUCGUCGCUUCGGCCGCCGAUGCCGCGCGAAGUCCUGGAAGACGUGCUUUCUCGACCCGGUCCUUAUCCGAUGAUCGCACUGCCGCCACAUGGCGGCUAUUGGAUCGACGGCAGUGACCACGAGUGUCCGUAUGAUGCUCAUGGCAACCCCUUGGUACCUUCGUCUCAGCCACCGCCGCCGGGCAAGCCCAAGUUUGAGACAGACGACACUGCGAGGUGCUACCGGAGAUACUUCCUGGGAAAGGAGCACUUCAAUUUUGCUGCAGUUGAAAGCGGACAAGGGCCAGCAUUGCUGUCGUUGAAAUCCGAAAGAAUAUCCUCGCAAGAUCACCUGCGAGUUCUUCUCCGACUACGGACAGGGACAGUUCAUGAACUGCUUCCUAUGUCCUGUUUGCAAGGAGAAUCACCUAGUCCUUCCCGAAUUGCCAAGAUCUUGAAUGAUGACCUGGAUUGCAAUGCCAAAUGGUGGCCAGUGUUGUGUCCUGGAGCUUCUGAGCAAGUCUUGGCCUACGACGAACACGUCCUGGUUCGGCAGUUCAAGUUCGGGAUAAUUUACCAAAGGUUUGGCCAGACGACCGAAGAAGAGCUUUUCAGCAAUGCAGCGAUGAGUCCUGCGUUUGAAGAGUUCCUGGAGCUACUCGGACAGAAAAUCCGCCUCAAGGAUCACCGAGGUUAUCGUGGAGGACUCGACAUACAGUUCGGCCAAACAGGGGAAGAGUCAGUAUACGAAGUGUACAAAGAACGUGAAAUCAUGUUCCACGUCUCCACGUUGCUGCCGUAUACGGACAACGACCCGCAGCAACUCCAAAGGAAACGGCAUAUUGGGAAUGACAUUGUUGCGAUUGUCUUCCAAGAGGAUGCGACUCCGUUCACUCCGAACAUGAUUGCUUCCCAUUUCUUACAUGCGUACAUCGUUGUGCAAGUCAUUGAACCGAAUAGUCCAAAUACGAGGUACAAGGUUUCCGUGACGGCCAGAGACGAUGUGCCGUUUUUCGGACCCACCCUGCCUAGUCCUGCUGUGUUCCGCAAAGGUGCGGAAUUCCGUGAUUUCAUUCUCACCAAGCUGAUCAACGCUGAAACCGCAAGCUACAAGGCUGAGCGAUUUUCCAAGCUUGAGCUGCGAACAAGGUCGAGUUUGCUGAGCAACUUGGUCGAAGACCUUCAGACGAAGACGGCGUUGUUCACUGGAGUGCCUCACCCGGUUCCUGCGACGUCGAGCGACUCCGUCGAGUCCACAAAUUCCGAUAAGCCCAAGUUCCUGGACACCGUGAAGAGAGCUUUUAUCGGAAGGAACAGAACCGGAAUGAUAACUUUCAAUCGUAGUAUUAGUGGGAGAGAUGAUCCGAGUUAUGCCAUCAUUUCAAAAAUUACUGUACUUGCGUUGGCGAUCCAAGUUUCUGAUGGGUCAAGAUCAUUAACUUUCCAGAGUACCGUAUAUUUGUCACAAGGCACAUCGUCGGGCAAAAUGAGUAAACGGGCUCUUGGCGUUGCCGACAACAAGUCUUCUGGAGAUUUAAUGGCCAUCCAUUCACAUCAAAAUAACAAACAUUCGAAUGGAACAGCCAGUUCACCUCCGUCUCCUCAGUCUAGUCCCGACACUCCUGCUCAUCGGAGCAAUGGAAUCAUGAGAGUUGCAGUUUCGGAGUCGGACUCGUCGUCGCUGAACAGCGUCGAACUUGAGCGCUAUCGACACGACGACAGCGACACCGGCAUGGAAAGCAUGUCGAGCGGAGAAACCCCGCACCCACCGCACGUCAUCAACCACCACCACCCCCUGCACCACUUGCACCAUCAGAACGGGUCAGUGUCAACGUGCUCCGCGUGUCUGGACACGGUGGCCAAUGGACGGGAAGAUGACGUGUUGGUGGAGGAGGAGGAAGACGUCGACGAUGACGUGACAGUGUCCAACAAUGGCGCCGGUGUCGGUGGUCGAAGGCGGAUGGCGAGAAACCCUCGCGAAAACCAGCGCCAGGGCACUCCCCCGUCGCCCGGGUCGGAGCAGAUCGAGCAGCUUUUCCGGCAAAUCGACUCUUUGACCCAAGAAGUCAACAAACUCAAAUGUGAUAAACUCGAGCUCCUUCGGCAAAAUGUGGAGAAGAACAAGAAGAGCUCUCUGCAAAUAUUGUUGAAAAAAUUUCCCACAAUUUCCCACGCCUCAAUUGGAAAAAUGAAGGGUUUGAAUCCACAUACAAUACUGCAUAAGAAUCUUGAUAUGUACUUGUGUAACGAAUUGGGCUUGAAAUUAUGGACAAUGCUGAAAUGCAUAAUAGCUGUCCGUUUCAAAACGCUGAAAUUUAAUUAUUUUUUGAUGACCUGCCAACGCGAGGUCAAGAAGAUGAAGGAGAAAGAAGUGAAGCUUUCUUCGGAUUUGAGCUCGUCGGGCCAGGAAAUCAGCAGACUGAAGGCGCUUUUGAAGGAGUACACAAUGUUGAGCUAUCUGCUUUCUUGCGCGUUUAGUGUUGUGAAUUUCAUUUCAGAGAAGAACAAGAAGAGCUCUCUGCAAAUAUUGUUGAAAAAAUUUCCCACAAUUUCCCACGCCUCAAUUGGAUAA